AUGUCAUUUGUGAACUCGAACCAGACAACUCGAUUCGUGGAGGAGGCGGCCUCUAUCCCGAGGAAAUAUGGCUUCUUUGUCCUCGGUCUCGGCCUGUCCAUCUGGCUUGUGUAUAGCCUCUACCUGAAGGCUCUUCCAAAGCCAAUCAAGGGCAUGCCACAUCAUCCAGAGUCCACCAGGCGCAUAAUGGGCGACUUACCGGACCUUGCCAGAACAGUGGCUCGAACGAAGGACCUAUCAGGCUGGCUUCAUGGGCGGGCGGCGGAGUUCAACUCUCCCGUCUGUCAGAUCUUCCUCCGUCCGCUUUCGCCUCCUAUUGUUCUGCUAUCCGACUUUCGCGAGGCACAGGAUCUCUGUAUGCGUCGCAAAGAAUUCGAUCGAGGGAGCAUGAUGCGAGACCUAUUCACCGGACCGUCCCCGGACCAUCACAUCACCAUGGUGACUGGGGACGAGUGGAAGGCUCACAGAAGACUCCUUCAGGAUUUGAUGUCGCCGCCGUUUCUUCAGAAUGUUGCUGCGCCGGCUAUAUAUAUGAACGUGGUUAACCUUAUCAAGUUGUGGGAGGAGAAGGCUCGAAUCGCGGAAGGGCGCCCGUUCAGCGCAUACCAGGACAUUUUCUACACCGCGUUGGACGCGGUUGAUGCAUUCUCUUUUGGCAACGACUUCCCUCAUAACGCGACAAAACCCAUUGCAGACCUGAUACGCGAUCUUGACGACACCGAGGCUGCAGAACUCCGCCAAGGACUGUCUACGGAUGACCCAGUUGACUUUCCUACGGUCGAGUGCGACGAAGUAAUCAACGCCAUCCUCGACGUCAGCAUUAAUAUCGAGAGACUGCACGCAUCUCCAUUUCCGGUGUGGAAGUGGAGAGUCAUCGAAAAGUUUCCACCUCUGAACAAAACGAUGCGGGUGAGGCGUGAAUUCCUCACUCGAGAGUUGAACAAAGCUGUAUCGCGGCAGCAGUCCAGUGGCAUGGACGAUACUUGGAUGCACUCGGCGGUGGAUUUGAUGGUGCGAAGGGAGAAGAAGAUGGCCGAGGAGGACGGAAGGGCACCCAACUUUCUUUCGCCAACAAUGAUAGAUGAGUUAUUUGGCGUCAUCACUGGCGGCCACGACACAACCAGCACGACGAUGCUCUGGGGCCUCAAGUUUCUUGCCGACAACCCAGAGAUCCAGACCAAACUUCGUACUGCAAUGGAGGACGGAUUCUCUGCCGCUCGAGCAGAAAAGCGCAACCUUUACAUUGAAGAGAUCAUGCACACCAAUGUUCCUUACCUGUACGCUUCGAUGGAAGAGAUCCUCCGUCUCGCUGGUACCGCCCCGCUCGUGGAACGAGAAGCACUACGUGAUACAGUUCUUCUUGGCUACCAAAUACCUAAAGGCACGAAGGUCUUUUGCCUUAGUUUAGGCGCCAGUAUCACGAGCGCUGCAUUUAAGGUCGACGAAACGAAGCGAAAUGACACAUAUCAUCUGUCCGUCAAGAACCGCGGCGAAGUCCCCGAGUGGGAUCCCAUGGACGUGGCUGUGUUUAACCCAGACCGGUGGCUCAAACCUGCCAACUCGACAGAAGAGAAGGAUCAAGUGAACGGAGACGGGCCCGAGGUCGAGUUCGACUCCACCUCUGGGCCUCAGAUUGCUUUCGGCUUGGGCAAGCGAAGCUGCUUCGGUAAGAGGUUGGCGUACGUGGAACUACGAAUUCUCUUGAGCCUCAUUGUAUGGAACUUUGAGAUUAUGAAAUGCCCUGAUGCGUUGAGUGGCUACGAAGGGAGAGACGGAGUUACACAUAAGCCACUGAAGAACUUUGUGCGAUUGCGGAAACUGGUAAGAUGA